AUGAGCAACAACAAGGGCCGGACAACACCGCGCGUCGUGUGCUGUGCGAUCCCGAUAGCACGUUCCAAUGGCAAGGUGCUCGUCAUCACAAGUCGCAAACGUCCAAAUCAUUGGGUUUUACCGAAAGGAGGUUGGGAGCCAUCAGACGGGAUGCUAGAAGCAGCAGCCUCGCGGGAAGCCUUGGAAGAAGCGGGCGUGCGCGGCAAGAUCACACGAUUCGUCACCACGAUCCCCUCCGCGUCGUCGACAUACCACUUUUACGAGCUCGACGUGGCCGACCUCGACGCAGACUGGCUCGAGAGCAAGGAGCGCAGACGCGAGUGGGUCGAUUACACCGAGGCCAUCCGCCGCCUCGCGUGGAAGGCGGAGCUUGCACAAGGGCUCUCGCUGUCGUCGCUCGCGCCGAAUCGGUAA